AUGGACAGUUUGAAGAACCCGGCCAACAGAGAGAACCUUGCCCUCAAAGGAAAAGCCACCCAGUCAUCAACCUAUGAUUUUAAUAGCAAUGCAUACAAUGCCAAUGAUGGGAAUCCUGACAGCUCAUGGGAAGCUGGAUCCUGCUCUCACACCACAGGCAUGAUAAACCCCUGGUGGAGAUUGGAUCUGAUCAAAACCCACAAAAUAUUUUCUGUAAAGGUAACGAACCGCAACACGGUCGCCUCACGCCUGGAUGGAGCUGACAUUCACAUAGGAGAUUCCCUCGACAACAAUGGAAUGAACAACCCCAGGUGUGCUGUUAUUGACAGCAUCUCGGCUGGUGGUACUGCUGAGUUCCAGUGUAAUGGGAUGGAUGGUCGGUACAUCACCAUCGACAUCCCUUUGAGAGAGGAGUACCUGACCCUGUGUGAGGUGGAAGUUUAUGGUUCUGUCCUGGAUUAGGAUCAUAAUAACUUAGCCAUCACUGAUUUAUGUACUCAUAUGAGUCUGAGACAUACGUACAUGAGGCUUCAGUUUAUCUGAACAAAAAAAUUAUCAAUAAAAAUCUUUUCAGCCUGAUAAAA